UAAGCAAAACCUCCAAGCUGGUUUACCAAUAUGAAAGUUUGGAAUGCACUCCAUCUGUUUCUGGUGAUCCUACUGUCCUCGGCGGUGCCAUUGAUGGAAGCAUUGAGCAUCACCGUUUGUGCGGAUCGCUUCAUUGGCAUCUCGUUUGCUGAUCCGACCAGUUGCUCCAGCUUCUAUGUGUGCCUGCGUGGAAAUGCCAUCCGGCGGGAGUGCUCCAGUGGUCUGUACUACGAUCCAAAGAUCCAGACCUGCAAUCUGCCCGGACUAAUCAAAUGUUUCAACGGGGAUCGUGGCGUCGCUUUACUGGGAGAAGUCAAACCAGAAGCCAAACCUGAAUCACAAUCAUAUAUCAAACCUGAUAUAAUGGCCAAGGAGGAGGUCACCACGACCACCAGUCCACCGACGACGACAGUGACAACCAAAAAACCGAAAAUUGAUGCAAAUGAUACCGAUACAACUGUAUCCCAGCCCAUUGACAUAUUUGAAGAUACACCGUAUCGACCCAAUAUCAAAAUCGAUGUUUUGAGAUUCGCGCGCGAUUGCCGUGGAAUAACCGAUGGGGAGUACUUGACCGACCCCAGACAUUGCCGACGUUACUAUAUAUGCCAUAAAAAUCGGCCCAAGCGCCACAAUUGCCCCCGGAAUCAGUGGUUCGAUCGGGAGACCAAAACCUGCCAAGAGCAGGAGAAGGUACUGAAUUGCCCAACGAAUCGGAAUUAGCUGUUGAAUAAUCUCGGUGCCCAAAAUAUUAUUUGCAUAUGUAGAAAUGAUUAGAAUUAUAAAACCAUUGGUAAACAAUGCAGCAAGAAAAACAUGUUUUUAAUUUUAAGUUAGAAACUUUGUAAACAGGGUACGAAAUAUAUGUGUGAUAGAUUUUA